GACAAUAUUGAGAUCACUAACAGCCCAAACUAUGGGGUCAAAGUGGAGGGAGAGCGGUAUUCACUUCUCAUCAAAUGUGCAAAACCAAGUGAUGCUGGAAUGUACUGUGUGACAGCUGCCAAUGAGGCUGGGAGAGCAUAUAGCAGUGCCACCCUUUCCAUCAAACCAGAGCCCAUGCAGGAGCCGCAGGGGAACCUGGGUGUUCUUAGGGACAUCAGCAGCCCUAUCACAUCUGAUGAAGAGUACCUCAGCCCACUGGAGGAAGGCAUGGAUUUUGGAGGGCCUGAGACAAGGAAGAUAGUCGACACACGAUUCAAGGAGCCCCCUGCAUUCCAGGUAACUAUGAAUGAUCAAGCGGUCAUUGAGGGGCAAGAAGUGACCAUGUCUGUCCGACUAAAUGGACAGCCCAAACCCAUGCUUUAUUGGCUGAGGGACAGGGAGACGAUAAAAACAGACUUGCGCCACACAGUGCGUGAGACCAAGGAGGGCACUUUUGAAAUGACCAUCAACUCUGCUCAGAAGUCGGACACGGGAGUGUACACCUGCAAGAUCAUCAAUGAGUAUGGAACAAAGCAGUGCGCAUGCAAACUGGAGGUGAAAGUGCCACCAGUGGAGCCAGGCCUAACAAUUAUCCGUCCAGUGAUGGACAUCACAACGGACGCAGGUGAGACGGUUAUGUUAGAUUGCCACAUAAUUGGACCACUGGACACAGACGUCGAUUGGUUUGCAGAUGGUAAACUGAUCCAGCCAUCUCUGCUCAACUGCAAAAUGCAUUUUGACGGGAAAAGGUGCAUGCUGCUCCUCAACUCAGUGCACGAGGGCGACAGUGGCACCUAUAUGUGCAAGCUGACCUCGGCCAAAGAGAAACUGACUUUAAGUGGCCAACUCAAAGUCAUCCCUUCCAUCAAGCCCCUUUUCACCCGCAAGCUGGAUGCCUUAGAGGUGAUUGAGGGACGUAGCGCCCGCUUUGACUGCAGGGUCAGCGGAACACCACCUCCAAAAGUCAGCUGGAGACAUUUUGACCAUACACUGGUAGAGAGUGACAAUGUGCAGAUCUUACAAGAGGGAGGACGUCACUCCCUCGUAAUCUCUCAUGUCACCAAUGAGGAUGAGGGCUUCUACACAGUCAUCGCUUGCAAUCCACACGGCGAUGCCGAGAGUGCCACUGAACUCUAUGUCCAGGAGCCCAAACCUGCUAUGUCAUCUCAAAUGGUGAAGCUAGAAAAGAUGCCGUCCAUCCCAGAGGAGCCUGAGGUGCUGGUCAAUGAGGUUGAGCGCUUCAUCAUGCCUGACUUUGUCAAGCCACUGUACGACCUGGACGUGAUUGAGGGCAAGGAGGCCGUGCUCAAGUGCAAGGUGGCCGGCCUGCCGUACCCCACAAUCGUGUGGUUCCACAAUGGCAAGAAGAUCGACAGCAUGGAGGACAGGAAAUUGACACAGUUCAGAGACAUUCACAGCCUGGUCAUCAGCUCUGUCUGCCAUGCUCACGGAGGGGUGUACAAGAGUGUCAUCUCCAACAAGGUGGGCAAAGCCACUUGCUAUGCCCAUCUAUUUGUGACUGAUGUUCUUCCAGACCCUCCAGAUGGGCCCCCAGUAAUAGAGGUGGUUACUGGCAAGACUAUCACCCUGAGCUGGAAGAAACCCCGUAGGCUGGAUCCCUCUAUUGAUCCCAACACGUUGAUGUAUGCCAUCCAACAACAAGCACUGGGCUCGAUCCAGUGGACCAUCAUAGUGUCCAGUCUGAAAGACCCUUGCUAUACAGUGACCAGCUGCUCCAAAGGAGUCUGCUAUGCCUUCAGGGUCCUGUCAAUCACCACCAAGGCCUUUAGCAAACCCUCUCCGUCCACAGAACCAGUGCAACUUGUCAACAGAGGUCCAUAUCUUCAGGAGGGUCCGGUGAUCAUUGAUAAGCCAGACAUAGUCUAUGUCCAGGAGAACCUGUCAUUCAGCAUCACCAUCACUCUGAACCACGUCAACGCUUCAGUUAUCUGGAAGAGGAGUGGAGUGGUCCUUGCAAUCAAACCUGGGCUGUAUGAGAUGAGUAUGCCUGAUGAUGACCAGCACUCUCUGAAGAUCAUGAGGGUGAAGAGUGGCGAUGUGGGUCAACUGAUGUGUGUUGCCUCCAACAAGUUUGGCGUCGACUCCUGCAUCUUUAGUGUGGAAAUGGCAGCACCACCAACCUUUGAGUCCAUCAUGGAGGAUGUGGAUGUACACAUGGGGGAGACACCUUGCUUGGCUGUGGUUGUGGAGGGCAAGCCCAUUCCCGACAUCCUUUGGUUUAAGGAUGAUACAUUGUUGUGCGAGAGUAGUCACAUCACCUUUGUGUAUGAUGACAACGAAUGCUCCCUUGUGCUGCUCAACACAAGUCCAGAAGAUUCAGGGGUGUAUACCUGCACAGCCAAGAACCUGGCUGGUUCUGUGUCCUGUAAGGCUGAGCUCACCGUGCGCACAGUUAAAGAAGACAAGGAGGAUACAAUGGAGGACGACGAGACCGUUCUCAGGAAGAUGCGCCGGCUGACUGACUACUAUGACAUCCACAAGGAAAUAGGGAGAGGGGCUUUCUCCUAUGUGAAACGAGUGACGCAGAAGGUUGGUAAAAUGGAGUAUGCUUCCAAGUUCAUCUCUGCCCGAGCCAAGAGGAAGGCCUCUGCUCUGAGAGAGAUGAAACUACUGUCUGGGCUGGACCAUGAGAGAGUCCUGUAUUUCCAUGAUGCCUUUGAGAAGAAGAAUGCAGUCAUCAUUGUCACAGAGAUAUGCAAUGAGGAGUUGCUGGAGAGGUUAACAAAGAAAUCUACAGUAAUGGAGUCAGACAUCCGCUCCUGCAUGAGACAGUUGCUGGAGGGUGUGGACUACCUUCACCAUCAAAAUAUCAUCCAUCUGGAUAUCAAGCCUGAUAACAUCCUCAUGGCAGACCACCAUGGUGAUCAAAUCCGCAUCUGUGAUUUCGGAAACGCCAUAGAGCUCACACCCGACGAGGCUCAGUACUGCAAAUACGGCACACCAGAAUUUGUUGCCCCAGAAAUUGUCAACCAAACUCCUGUGUCCAAGGCAACUGACAUCUGGCCGAUUGGAGUCAUUACAUAUCUGUGCCUUACUGGAGUGUCUCCGUUUGCUGGAGAGAAUGACCACAGAUCCGUGCUCAACAUCAGGAACUACAAUGUGGCCUUUGAUGAGAGUAUGUUCACUGAGCUGUGCCGAGAAGCCAAGGGAUUCAUCAUCAAACUGCUGGUGGCAGACAGACUGAGGCCUGAUACAGAAGAGGGUCUCCGUCAUCCAUGGUUCAAGACCCUUACCAAGGGGAAGGCAAUAAGCACAGAGACCCUCAAGAAGUUUGUGGCGCGCCAAAAGUGGCAGGUUUGUCAUCAAAGCUUUUUUUUAUUGAAUUGCUUCUCCUUCCACCUUAUAUUUGGUUAUGUCCGUCUUUUGCAGCGGUCCCUUAUCAGCUACAAAUCCAAAAUGGUCAUGAGGUCCAUCACUGAGUUGCUGAAUGACUCAUCCAGCCACAUCUCCAUCGCUGUUCCCAGACACCUCAAAGAGGGCUCACCCCCACCAUCAUCGUCCUCUGACUCCGACGAAGAUAUUGACAAGCUGCCCUUCAUUCCAAUGCCACUCAGUAUGGAGUUCUCCGGAUCAAGAAUGUCUCUAAACGAGAUCCAGGAAGGCACAAGCCGGUCAAACGGCACUAUUGAAAGUUCAGGGUCAGCAGUCACCCAUGGCCAAGAGGCGAUGGAGUGUGAAUCCAUGGGGAAAGAGAAAGAGGCUGGAGAUUCCACAGGUAUGGGGCACGCCAGGAAGAGGUUGAUGCAAGAAAAUGACAAGGGGUCUUCGGAUGAGGAGUUGGCAGAGUUGGCACAAGUAUCUGAGAAUGCUAGAAGGCCCUUGUGCAGAGGCUCGAGCUUGGAGUUGGACAAGCAAGAGGGUGGACCCAGAAGGGGGCAGCUGCAUAGAGGGGGCUCUGCUGACAGCGCGCUGCUACUCCACAUCGUUCCAGAAGAUAGAGCAGAUGACGAAAACACUGAAAAAGGUGGACAAGUCCUCAAAAAGGCGGUAUCCAUGGAGUUCCCUAGGAGGAGCGUGAGUCCAGGUCCUCUGAGUCAAGAGGACUAUGCUCACAAACUGGAGCUGAUGAGGCAGAGGUUGCUCCGAGGUGGCUCUGUUGACAAGAAAAUGAGCGGCCUGCGAGGACCCCUGCUGGAGACACUGGGUAUGGAUGAUGGAAGGUGGCGGUCAUCGUUGCUGGAGCGCUACUCACGCACUACCCCCUUAUGGGUUCCUCCAUUAACCAAGGCAGUCUCCAGCGACGAGCCCAGAGUGGACGUGCUCAAACCCAAAUUCCUUCGCAAGAGCGCCUCCUUCAGUCAAGGAGAUGAUGCAGAGCCCGUUCCCCUGCACCGACGCACCGGGGUACCACUGGAAAUCCCGCUGGCUCAGAUAGAGGAGCGAAGGCUAAAGGAGGCCAUAUCCAUGUCUGCUCUCACUGAGCCAUUCAAUAAUGACUCCUGCCCCGUGACUCUCAUGGAACCUAUCCCUAAACUUCCCACACCAAGCCCAGUGCCUAGGGAACAUGAGACAAAAACUAAGAUGGAGGAAGAGGACUCAUCAAUAGACAUGGAGAUUAAGACUGAGAAGUCCAUUCAUGAAAAAACGAUGAUGGAACCAGAGUACACGGCCCUGAGGGAGCCAUGGAGGGAGUAUAGCCCUCCUGUGAGGGUUCUUAAAUUAGAGGAACAAAUUAAAGAAAAAGAAGAGAUUGAGGAAAAUGAGACUGUUCCUUUUGUGGAAGAAAAAGCUAGGGAAGUUGAAGAAGUACAAAAAGAAGUAAAAAAAGUAGAAAAGGAACUGAAGGCACAAGUGAAAUCUUCUAAGAUGGUCAUUACUACAAGUUCUAAUAGGGUCACGCCAGCACCAGCAUCUUCAAGGGCACCAGCAAAUGUUAUGACUCCCUCUCCACCUGCCCUAACUGUGCUCCCAGAUGGUAGGACCUCUGCGUACACUAGCAUAAUGCAGACCAUCAUGGUCCCCUUGCUUCAGCCCCUAGUUAGCCCACUGUUAGCAGACUCCACCCCUGUGGUUGUUCCAGUCCCUGUGCAAGCCCCAUUUCUAGCACCAACGUUUACAAACACACCUACAUCUGUCCCGGGCCCAACAAAGCCAGUCACUCUGCUAUCCACACCAGGGGAACAGCCUGCAGUCUAUUCAAGGGUGGCAUCCCCCGAGCCCAAGGAACCGAGUCCACCCAAGGUUUCCCAAUGCACUACACCCCAGUGUGAGCUCUCGACAGUGGGACAAAUCCUCUACGGCAUUGCCUCUGAGGAAGUAUUUGAGGCCCGCUUCAAAAAGCGUGAGUAUUCUCUAACGCGAGGCCUGCAGCUUCUCAACUGGUCAAAGCCUGAGAAUAAACCAGUAGCCUCUUUGGACUCUGCCAAGUCAGGCGAAGAUGUAUCCCACCAUGGGCCCAUUGGAGCGCCGUUUGUGUUUGUCCCCAGGAGACUGGAGGAGAAAUCCAAGUCGGUGCAGGAUCUCUGCGAGACCCAGAAGGAUGAAGGCUUUAUGAGAAGGCUUUCCAUGCAACUCAAGAGGACUGCUUCAACCGAAAGCAAGGAAGAAAAGCCCAAGGAGGAAGAAGCAGUGACUCCCAGGCGCCCGCUCUCCUGGGCUUUCCGCAGCCGAAGAGGAUCCCAUUCCCAGGAGAGGAAGGAGGUGGAGACGAUGAGGAUGGAUAGGGGAAUAGAAGCUGAGGCGGAGCAGGAGGACAAGGAGCCGGAAAAGCCCAACGACUCACCGGUUAUGGCCAUGCGUAGGAAGAUCGAGUCGACGGUGUCCAGGAUAUCCAGGAGGAUCCGCAGCGCCUCGGAGGAGAGAAGGAUAGCGUCAGAGGAAAGGGAAUCCAACAAGCCAGAGAGCAAGAAGACACCCCUGUUCUCCAUUCUGCACAGGUCGACUUCUGAGGGACGUAGCCUAAAGAGUAUGGCUGGAUCCGGUAUCCCUCAAAACCAGCUGGCUUCUCAGUCAGGCACCGGAACCUCCUCAGAGUCCAUGGAAUCUAUGUUCAGCAUCAAGUCGGAGAGAACAUCCAAAGCAGGGGCAGAGGUAGGAAGGAGGUCCCGAUGGGACCGUUGGGGCCUAACCAGAGCUAGCAAGAAGGGCAAGAUGGUAUCGGAGUCUCACAUCCCCACGCCUAUUGCCAGAGAGAAUGACACCCUAAGCUCCCGCUUGUACACCAGACUGGCAUCUGACUUCCCUCCCGUGUUCCACAUCAAGUUGAGGGACUACACCCUGCUGGAGGGAGAUCCCAUCACCCUUAGCUGUCUCCCAACUGGCAGCCCCCAUCCACACAUCUCCUGGAUGAAAGAUAAGAAGCCUCUGCAGAUUGACGCCAGAAUGAACAUUACCUCCUGUCCUGAUGGCAGGCAGCUGCUGAUGAUCAUGACAACCACCAAGAAGGAUGCAGGGCUGUAUGAGUGUGUGGCAACAAACCUUCUAGCUUCGGUCUCCAGUUCCUGUAUCCUCUCCCUCGCUCGUUUACCCAAUCGUCCUGGGACUCCUGAGGUUCCCCAGCGCUAUAAGAACACUGCCCUGGUCUUCUGGAAGCCCUCAGACAGUAUGGCCCCCUGCACCUACUCUCUGGAGAGAAAAGCAGAGGCUGAGAGUAGCUGGCUCAUCGUGGCCACAGGAGUGGCUGAAUGUUACUACAAUGUGGUUGACUUGCCAGGAGAGGGCGUCUUCAGGUUUCGAGUGGCGUGUGUGAACAAGGCAGGCCAAGGACCCUACAGUAACCUCUCAGAGGUAGAGUGCCUGGACGCUUCAGUGCCAACAAAAUGCAGUGGAUCAGUCGUUGUGAAGACAGUCCCUGCAGCACCAGUGGUCAAAACAUCAACAAUGACCGUCCCCUCCUUGAAGCCUGCGCCUAGUAAAGAGGUGCACCCCGCCCCAUCUUCUGCCCCAUUCAGAGAGACCCGGUCUGCCUCCGCUUCCUCUUCUGCUGUACCACCGGCCAAGCCUAUCUCUACUAUCCCCACCUCUAAACCUAUUGAUUCCAAACCCAUAGUCCCUCAGACCCCAAACAGCGCUGCUUCCGCCCCCAUGAUUAUUAGUGAGGUCCCAUCCUACCUGGCCAUCCCUGAGAUCCAAAGCCUGCUUCUGGCUCAGCACGCCCCAGCCCCGGCCAAAGCCAAGACUCUCAACAUCAACGUCACGAAACCUACACCGUCUCAACCAGCAAUCAUAACCAAGCUCACUCCCCCUAUCGUUCUCCCCAAACCCCAGAGUCCCGUCAAUAUCGUCUCGCCCAUGAUUAAGACCCCGCCCCCACUUUUGGCCCCUGCGCCCGCCAUCUGUACACCCACUUUGUCUGUGCCCAUGUAUGCACCAAUACUGGCUGCCACACCACGCGUCACCCCACCCUUCCUCUCCAUCCCCGCCAUCUCAUCCCCAGUCAUGCUAAUUUCCAGCACGAGUCCAGUAGGGGAGGGUGGGGUUACACCCACACGUAUGACGCUGUCAAGAUGCAGAACACCCUUGGGUGGACGACCUAGUGAGAACACCCUGCGCCAGGGAGUGCCCCAGAAACCAUACACCUUCAUGGAUGAGAAGGCCAGGGGCCGCUUCGGCGUGAUCCGAGAAUGUAGAGAGAACGCCACAGGCAACCUGUUCAUGGCUAAGAUCGUGCCCUACGAGUCAGACAACAAACAGACGGUGCUGCAGGAGUACAACAUCCUCAAGUCCCUCCACCACGAUAAGAUCAUGGCUCUCCACGAGGCCUACAUCACGCCCCGCUAUCUGGUGCUCAUCUCAGAGUGCUGCAGGGGGAAAGAGCUCAUCUACAGCCUUAUCGACAGAUUCCGCUACUCAGAGGAUGACGUGGUGGGCUACAUCAUUCAGGUUCUGCAAGGUUUGGACUACCUGCACAACCGCCGCAUCCUCCACUUAGACAUCAAGCCGGAGAACAUCAUCAUCACAUACAUGAACAUGGUGAAGAUCAUAGACUUUGGAAGCGCCCAGACCUUUGACCCACUCUUCCUCAAGCAGUUCAGCCCUCCUGUUGGAACUCUGGAGUAUAUGUCUCCCGAGAUGUUGAAGGGGGAUGUGGUGGGCCCUCCGGCUGACAUUUGGAGUGUGGGCGUGUUGACCUUCAUCAUGCUGAGCGGCAUGUUGCCUUUCAUGGAGAAUGAUCCACAGGAGACUGAAGCCAGAAUCUUGGCAGCCAAGUUUGAUGUGGGAAAACUCUACCAGAACGUGUCUCAAAGUGCCUCUUUGUUUUUUAAAAAGGUCCUCUGUAGUUACCCUUGGGCCCGUCCUUCCAUCAAGGACUGCUACAACAACUCAUGGCUCCAGGACGCCUACCUGAUGCGGAUGCGGCGGCAAACCCUCACCUUUACCACCACACGCCUCAAGGACUACCUGGACAAGCAGCAGAAGCUGCGGGCGGGUGUGGCCACCAAGCACAAGGUCCUCCUUCGGUCGUACCAAAGCUCAUCCCAGUCCCCCACCAGCCCUAUACCCCCAUCUCCCAUGGCACCGGUCACACAGUGAGCACGGCUUCAUAUGUCAAAUGCAUGAAGGCAGGAGCUGUUGCAUGAAAGGAGGUGCCUAAUCGAUGUGAGAAAGGUCCUUGGAUCGAGCCCCGAACAACCCCCUUGGCCCCCUAACCUGGUGAGAUGAGUUGUGAGUUUAGCUUUUCAGACAAAUGGACAUAAAAUCACAAAAUCCAGCACUGGUUCGAGAUAUUAACAACCUCUCUGCCUCCACCAUAGAGUCCCUACAGAGAAUGUUCUUGUAAUGAGACAAUAACAGAAUAGUUCUUUGUGUAUUUCAUGGUGUGAUACAUGUUUCUCAAGGGCUGGAUGCCAGCUCAAAGUUCCAAACCUCUGCUCUCUCUUUUUAAUACUCACAAGCUCGUAAUUGUUUUAUCUAAACCUCUUGUAUAUCCAAGUAUCUUGUAUCUUCUCUUAACAUCUAGUACAUGUGUAAUUUUAUCUUUGAGCAUUUUCGAGCUAUAAAUACAGUGCAGAAGAUGUCCAAACUGAUGCGUAAAGGUGCAUAGCUUUCUGUAAGCAUGAACGAGGCCACUGUACACUAUACUGUAGGCUACAAACACAAAGGACUCUUAAGGCUACUUUCAGAUUGACGCUUUAUUCCUUUUAGAAAGCCAUAGUGUUUGCUUUACAUGUGUGCUCCUUUUGCACUUUUUAUCGAUUGCCACUUUUAUCCACGCAUUUUCAUAAUUUCACCAUUCGUUUUGCUAUAGCUUAUCAUAUUAGAGGUUUCAUUAGUGAAUUAUCACUGAUCAAUGAUUUGGAGAAAACUAAACCACGAUCGUUCUCCCAGCAUGUCACAUUCUUUCAUUUGGUAAUGUUUAGGCCUAUACUAAAGGUUAUUUACAAUACAAGAUUACCAGUAAUAUAAAGACAACGCAUGUAAACAUUCAUGCGUAAAUAUCAACCCUGUCCAGGCCUGUUUGGUUUAAAUGUGAUGCACCAUUCGGAGAUGCAAUUUGUAGUUACUCUGUAACUUAACAUGUUUCUGUUUCUACUCUGUGCAUUAGGGCCUGUCAUUUGUAUUUAUACUGUGCAUUAAUUGUACACACAUCCAGAUGCUUAGCUCGUUUGUGUGGUGACUGUCAGAGAUGGGAGAUUCUCUGAAUAUUUAUUACUACGGCUGUGGACAGAUCGAUUUAUUCCUUUUUUGUAGGCGUAACAAAUCUCGAUCAGAUAUUGAUUGGGUCAUCUUGAUUGGAUGACGACAACCACAUGUUAAUGCAAUGUGUAACCACAGCUUUUUACUGUAAGAAUGCAUAUGAUUGCAGACUAUUCAUCAGUUAUUCAUAAUGCAGGUCCUCACUUUUAAAUUAGGAUGAUGCUUGGAGAAAGAAUGUAUUUUUGUAACCAUUUUUUGCCAAAUGGUUAUUUACUCAGAAAAUAAAUGUAUGUAGGUGCAUGUCACAUCCACGCAGAUUAAGAAAAUGUUAAUUUAUGAAACUGUUAGGUUUCACCUUUUUUUU